GAUAAAAUAUUUGAAUAAUUGAAAUCAUCUAGAAAUGGCAUUCAGAAAUUGUGUUCUUUUAAACUCACUAAUUUUUUCAAUCAUGACAUAUUAUCAAGAGAUUUAGAAUUUAACGAUUAUCCAAACUAAAAAUUUCCAAAAAUUUGUCACUUGCAGUUUUUAUAACAAUAUCAUUGCUUUAUUAGUCAAAAAAUUAAUACCAAGUUAAGAAUUCUACAUCACAUCUACACAUUCAAUACUGCAAUUCAAUAUGCAAUAUUCAAAUCAAGAUAUUUGGGCUACAAUUUUAAAAUUAUCCUCCAUUUAUAAGAUAGACAGAAAUUAAAUUUAUUAAACUCAAAUUAAAAUAAUCAAAAUAUGGAAAUUCAAAUAUCAAAUUAACAAGAAUUUACUUACGGGACGGAGAGUUAGUGGGCUAGCUAACAGUAGUGGAAAAGUCAUAUGAUUUUUAGAUUUAUUUAUGUUAUGCUUUUUUCAGACUAACUCUUUUUGUUGUGCCAAUUUUUUUUUUUCAACCAUAGGCAACUAAGUGACUACAUCAUUAAAUAGACAAGUUAUGAAUGAUUAUUCACGAGUGUUACAACCAAGGUUGUUACACCUCUACCGGGCAGUUGCUUGAACUAGAUCCGACCAAAAUCGUGCUCCAAAACGGACUCUACAAAAUCAAGGGUCCGAUCGUUAGAGAGGGAGAAGAAGAGAGAGGGAAGGAGAUGUUGGGUGGAUCGUGAGAUAUGUAUAUUUUUUAAUGAAAUUUGAGUUUUUAAUAGAUAUAAGUUAGUACAUUUCAUUUCAGCCACUAAUUAGGUCUGACCAAACUCAAUCAUGCGGUCAAAUUUUGGGAUAUUUUGAAUGUUACGAAAUACAUAAAAUAGUAAAGGGGGAAAUUAUUGUAAAAAAAAGUUUUCAUUAUGGCAAAUUGUUUCUUUUCCUUUCAUUAUCAACAACUAGCUUGUUGUCCGACUUGUUGGUCGGAAUGUCAUUUGAAUGUGUAUCAAACAUUUAAGCUACUGAUAAACCACGAUUGAAGAAUAAAAUAUCCCAACAUCGAUUUAUCCAAUAUAAUUUUUGAUACGGUUUUACAAUCAUUUCACUGAGAAUUUUUUUAAAUCCUUUUGGGAUAUUGUGGGUGCGUCGGUGGUGGAUGUUGUCUGCUUUUUCUUUCAAACCAGCAGGCUGCUACGCAGUUUUAACCACACUUGGCUUACUUUGAUCCAUGAAGUAGAUAAUGUGGAAUCCAUUCGCCAGUUGCGGCCAAUUAGUCUUUGCCAGUUUAUGUACAAGGUGAUUACGAAGAUUAUGGCUGAGAGACUGGCCCCGUUCUUCCCUCAGAUUAUUUCGGAAGGCCAGAAUCCUUUUAUUAGAGAACGCCAGAUUGUGGAGAAUGUGCUCUUGGGGCAUGAACUAAUGCAUUACCCGAAGAUUAAAAAUCGGGGGGAAGAAAUGAUACAUGGCUCUAAAGGUUGACAUGGAAAAAUUCUAUGAUAGAGUCGAAUGACCCUUUCUUCUUGGGGUUCUGGCCAAACUGGGUUUCAUCCAGACUUGGAUUGGCUAAAUUCAGGAAUGUCUUAGUUCGACAUCUUUCUCCAUUCUGAUGAAUGGAUCUCCGUCGGAUUUUUUUCGAUCAACUCGUGGUCUUCGGCAGGGUGACCCCCUUUCCCCUCUCUUGUUUGUUUUGUGUACGGAAGGGUUUGUGGCCCUCCUCCGCAGAUCCAUUAACGAGGGUAAGCUAGAGGGAGUGAAGGUGGCUCCUCGGCUCCUAGGAUCUCGCAUUUGGUUUUUGCCGAUGACUCGUAUUUAUUUCUAGGAGGUUCGCUGUAGCAGUGUGAAAAUCUGAUUGAGGUUCUUAAUGAGUAUUAGGAACUCAGUGGGCAGCGUGUUAAUUUGGGGAAAUCGGCGGUAUAUUUUAGUAAGAACAUUGUCAUCCCGGAUCAGGAGGUUCUGGCUCAAGUCUUGGGGUGGGGGCUGUGGGCGUCCAUGAUAAAUAUCUGGGUCUUCCCUCCCUCAUUACUCAGUCUAAGAUGGCUACAUUUCAUUUCGUGGAGGACCGGUUAGUGGCACGUCUUCAGGGGUGGGCUCAGCGAUCUUUGUCCGCGACGGCUAGGGAAACCCUGAUAUCCGUUGCUUCUGCGCUAUCGUGCAUGUGAUGUCUUGUUUUAAGCUGUCGCUUUCUCUUUGUAGAAUUCUGGAUAGACUGGUGGCGAGGUUUUGGUGGGGAGUGGAGAAUGGACAUUCACGUAUUAGGUGGAUGUCUUGGCGGAAGAUGUGUCGUAGUAAGCAUGAGGGUGAGAUGAAAUUUCGAGGGUUUGAACAUUUCAAUCAGGCUUUACUUGCUAAGAUUGGCUGGCGCAUAUUGACUGAUCUCCAAUCCCUUCUUGCUUAGGUGUAUAAGGGAAAUAUUUCCACGUGGUACGUUCUUGACUGCUACUGCGUGCUCGCGCCCUUCCUGGGGGCUGGCAGAGCAUCCUGUACGGGAGGCAACAACUGUUGGUGUGUGGUCUUCGGUGACAGAUUGGGGAUGGAGGGGAGGGGUGUCUACUUUAAAAGAUAGUUGGAUCCCUUCGUUACAUCCUGACCCUCCCAUGUUUAAUCCUCGGGUGCUUCCAGAUGGGGUGGAUCUUCGGGUGGUAGAUUUAAUUUGUCCAGUCGAGGGCUUUUGGUUGCUUGAUAAGCUUGUCGAGUGGUUCCCUCCUGGUAUUUGUCGUGCUAUCCGAAGUAUUCCUUUACCACGAAGGGGUAUAGAGGAUAGGUUCAUCUGGCAUGCUACGGGCGAUGAAAUAUUCACUGUGAAUUCAGUCUACCAUCUAGCAGUUUUACAGGAUCAACAAUCUGGGGGAUGGAGUCCCACGGUCAGUUGGAUCCGGUUUUGGAGCUCAGCGAUUCCGCCCAAGCUGAGGAUUUUCUUAUAGCAAGUUUAGCACAAUUUCCUCCCAACUACGGAGGCUCUUAUUGAGAAGAAGGUCUCGGUCCAUCCAAGAUGUCUGGUUUGUUGGGCUACACCUGAAACGAUGGAGCACCUUUUUUCGAAUGCUAUGUGGCUAGAGCGAUGUGAGAUCAUGCUGGUUUGGAACAUAUUGGACAAGGACUUCCUCGUCAUACUUUCCCUCUCUUUCUCAAGCAACUUCUGGCGAUCAUUAUGGAUCCCCAUCAGGUCAUGGCGGUUGUGGCUGUGCUCUGACGGAUUUGGAAGUCUCGUAACUGGGUUGUCUUUGAAGGCAAACAGUUUGGGAUUCCGGCUCUAAUGCGUCAAUACUAUUAGCAGUUGCAUGAGUGGAAUUCCUAGCCUAAGGAUGUGGUAGUUAGUGCACCUGUGGCAGGGAUUUCGUCGGUGCCUCAUACUAGUCAGGGCUCUAUCACCUAUAGGUGGGAGAGAGCGACUAGGCAUGGCUCCCAUUCGGCGGGAGGGAUGGUGAUUCUGGGCCAGGAUGGGGAGGUUCUUUGUGCGAAAGGAGUUUUCUUCCCCGAGAUUGAUGAUCCUAUGAUUGUGGAGCUCCUGGUCCUCCGUGAAGCUAUCCUUUGGUGUCGUAACCGAGGGUUUUUGGUUGUACGGUUUGAAGGGGAUGCGAAUGUGGUUGUAGACAUGCUUAGCUUGGCGCAAGGGAGUGAUAGUAGAUCUGGCAACAUCUUCCUGGAGGUGUUGCUCUAUUUAGCUGGGUUUAGUGUUUGGUUCGUUGGUCGCCGUAAUAACAGGGUAGCCAAUUUGGUGGCUCGCAAGGUCCUUUCUUUGUACCCGAUAGCGAGUCAUUCCUUUGAUUUUGUUGUCUGAUUACGGCAUUUGGUGUAAUGAACUAUUCUUGAGUAUCAAUAUAUGAUUAUCUUUUAUAACAAAAAAACAUUUGUGGUGAUUACAAUGCUAGGUUAAAUGUCACAUCGUGGCUAAGCUACUCACGAUCGGGGCAAAUUUAACAAAAAAAAAUGAUCAGUAUGUUAUCUUAACAUAUGUUUAAGAUGGUCAUUUGAUUUUGUUCACACAAAAAAAAAGGUAAUUUGUUGACCUAUUGAAAUUUUGGGAUCUUUUUGUUAGAAGCUAAAACUUAGGUGACCAUUUUAAUCACUUGGCCACCCCAAAUUUAUUAUUAUCUUAGCGGAGUCGUUGUCUACGAUUUAUCCCGUGGACUACUGCCGGCCUUGUGUAACUAUACGAAGGAGAUACUAGUCAUUUGCCAAGGGCUGGAACUGUCAUUACACUUAAAGUUUCAAAAAAAUUUAAAAUAUCCAA